CGAAAGCAGCCGCCGUGUGCUGAACAAAAAACUGAAGUUCAUAACUUCGUCGGCAUCGGCAUCGGCAUCGGCAUCGGCAUCGGCUACCUCCAGUAUUCCUGUGCCGCAGCUUCAAGCUGAGAAUAUGAAUGGAUCGAUGACGCACCUCCCAGCCCCGGCCAAUGUUGAAGGGCAUGCUGCAGCGCUGCUGUCACCAACUGUCCCGUCGGGCGGAGAAUCGACUGGCUCGAACCUGCUUAACCCCCCAUUGAGCCCUGCCAACGAGUAUCCUGAUGUGCGCCUGUCUGAUAUCCGCCUGUCGGAUUCGCCUGGCAGUAUCCACAUGAACGGGUCGUCGGCCACGCAGCUGAGUAAGGAUCAAAUGAGCAACUCGAGAUUCAAGGGACUGGGGAAGCUGGGCAAGAGCGUUGACAAGAUCUACUCGAAUAUGCAAAAGGAGAAGCUCGAAGACACCACGGUCUAUGUUGCCUCGCUGCAGCGGCUGUUUGAAGCGGUUAUGCAGCUUGAAGGCGUGCUGCACUACUUUGCGCGUCUGGCCAGUGAUUCGGAGACUGUUGGGUGGUUUGUCGACAACCUGCAGUCGCCGGUUGGAUUUGUGAAUCCGCACUACUUGAACAACGACUCAAACAGCGAGCUCAACAGAUCGCACACCCACCUCGCCACCACACCAUCCUCACCGCCGCAGCCAUCAUUGUCAUCCAGCCACGAUGAGUCGCUGGCCGCUGGCAAGCACCAGGCAUCGGACCGCAAAUCCCGCCGCCGGUCUAAUUACUUCACUAGCCCCCCGCAUGUCCACCGCCAGGGGUCUACACAGACGCCAGAGGUUGCCGACUCCAGCACCAGUGUGUUUGAGGGCAAACCUCGCGGCAAUUCGAUCUCCUCAAUCCCACGCCUUGUGCCUCCUGUAUUGGGGAACAGUUCUGCGAAUGCGCGGUUCGUUCUUCCUGCUAGCGCGAUCAAGACACCGAUGUCGCUCGUGAGCCAGGGCAAAGGGCGUGCGCCAGGGGUGAUAUACGCACGCCUGAUCAGGGUGGCUGAAUGGCUCAACCAGGUGCUAUUGGCAUGGGUUGUGCGAGACAUCCAAGUCUUGUUUGCAAAGUACAUCAAGCGCCUUCGGGAAUGGGUGGUUGAGUAAACAUAUUUUGCGCUAUUUCCGUCAACGAUUCCUUCCUUCCAUUCGUAUGUUACUCCAUUUAUUAUGCCUCCUCAUAUCUUAUGUUUUAUUCACUCUCCAAUUUUGCAACAUGUUCUCAGGGUGCGCGCUUUUCUACAUCGUGUUAUUACAACAAAAAUCCGCCUUGAAACCUAAGCAAAUAUCCGAUUCCGGAACCC